AUGGUUACCAAAUCAAAGUAUCUACGAAAAGUAUCAAAAUAUCUACUAUUUAUUUCCUGUUUGAUAUUCAGUAGCAGAUACAUAUACUUCUGUCUACUGAAUUACAGUAUCUUAUAUAAGGAGUUUAAUUUAGAGAAGGAGUACUAUAAUGAAUCAAACAAUACACUGCAUAGGUAUGAUAAUAUUCGAAGACGAAACUUGCGUCAUGGCUUGAAGAUCUCUUCAAGUUCAUAUCAUGAUAAUAUACUUGAUGAAGAUUAUGAAUAUGUCAAUAAAUCUAGCAAUAAAGUGAAUGCUGUACUACUGAUGUUGGUCAGAAAUUGGGAAUUGCCAUACGCUUUAAAAUCCAUGAGAUCCCUUGAAGAUAGAUUUAAUCAUGACUAUCAAUAUGAUUGGGUUUUUUUGAAUGAUGUUCCAUUUGAUGAUGCAUUUAUAGAGGCUACUACUUUGAUGGCAAGUGGGGAAACAAAGUAUGCAUUAAUUCCAUCGAGUGAUUGGGAUAAACCAGAUUGGAUUGAUGAUGAUUACUUCGAGGAAAGGUUAAAUGAAAUGGAAAGACAAAACAUUAUAUAUGGUAACUCCAAAUCGUAUCGUAAUAUGUGUCGAUUCAAUUCUGGAUUUUUCUUCAGACAAAAAAUAUUGAAUCAAUAUGAUUAUUAUUUUAGAGUUGAACCUGACGUAGAGUAUUUCUGUGAUUUUCCAUAUGAUCCAUUUCAAGUAAUGAGCCAGCAAAAGAAGAAAUAUGGAUUUGUAAUGACUUUAGUAGAGUAUGAGAGUACUAUACCAACAUUGUGGAAAACAGUUCGUGACUAUAUCAAGCAAGAUAAAAAACAAACGAUUGAUACUGAUAGUGAACUUUAUCAGUUUAUUACAGAUUGGAACGAUAUUAGAACACCACGGUCAAGGGUAGAAUCGACUGAUAGGUACAACAUGUGUCAUUUUUGGUCGAAUUUUGAAAUCGGUGAUUUAAAUUUCUUUAGAAGUGAUGAAUACAUAAGAUUUUUUGAUUAUCUUGAUUCAAGUGGAGGAUUUUAUUAUGAAAGAUGGGGUGAUGCACCAGUACAUAGUAUAGCAGCCAUGUUGUUAUUAAAAGAAAGCGAAAUUAUUCAUUUCGAUGAGAUUGGAUACUUGCAUGCACCUUAUUUUACAAUUCCUCAAUCAAAUUACUUCCAAUUGAAGCAUAGAUGCAUUUGUGACCAACUGGAAGAAAGUAGGAUUGAUUUUUCAGGUAUCAGUUGCCUUACAAGAUGGUGGAAACAUGGUCCUGGGAAGAAGUUUAUGAGGGAAACUUACCAAUUAUGA